UCCCUUACGAAGCAGAUUUAAAAUGUCGACUUAUAUUCCCCCAGGUUGGACCCCAGAGCGUCUGGAAACAGCCACAGCAGCCGACCUCCAAACCCUGCCCGAAGAACAAUUAGCCCUCAUCCCCCUCGCCUCAAUACCCAUCACCAACCGCGAUGCCCGGAAGUUCCUCAAACAAUUCCAAAUAUCUCACGCUGAUCUUGUCCAACGAGAACGCCUCGGUCUGCCUCCCCUCCCCCCGUCACAGCCCCGAGAACAACAACCACCCGCCCCGCGAGAGGAAGCCCCAGAGCAAUUCGUCCAGGUAGUAGAGGAGAAGCGGCUGGAUGAUUUCGGAUUCGUGGUUUUCCGCACCACAUACACAAAUGAGCAAGCCUGGGAGAGGUGGCAGAAGGAAUACGACGAUCUGCUAGAGAAAUCGAUGGAUGAUUGCCAAGGAGGCGGAGUGCAGAGGGUGAGAGAGAAAUUGCUUUCGUCGCUGGUUGAUGAUUCUGAUUUGGACGGGAUGGGGUUGGAAGGAAUUCCUAGUGCUUUUGCAGAGAUAAGGGAGAACGGAGAUGUCCCCCCAGGCUUGGAUGUAGGGAUGUGCAUGGUGGUUGACGAGGCGGCGAUGCGGUCGCUGCUAGAGCCUGUGGAAGGACAGGAGCCGUGGGUGUGGGCGGUUGAUGUUCACCACGAGUUUACGGAAAACCAGGAUGAGAGCGAGUAUCCUGGGUACUUCAAGGUUGCGAUAUCCUCCCUCGUACCGGAUCUCUGGCCUAUGCUAGCUGGACCAGAGAUGCCGCCGCAGGAACUAUGGCCUUUUGCCAGACCGAUUUGGAAGAGUGCUGUGUGAGAUUUCCGAAUGGAGAUGCACAAAGUUUGCACGAAUUC